AUGGAGAUUCAUACGGUAAUUUGUGCUCCAGUGAAGCAACCCUCUUCCACUCCUCAGCCCCAGGCUGCAUCUGCUCCUCCGUCUGAAAAACGGAAGCGAGUGCGCAGAUGGCAUCACCGAGGUUUCACUGGUUGCUCCACGUGUCGCCGCCGCCAUGUUCGCUGUGAUGAAGCCUCGCCUUCGUGCAGGAAUUGUUCUCGGCUCGGCCUCGAAUGCGACGGGACGCAAGGUCGGAUGACCUUCAAGGUCUACGGUCCUCCACAAGCACAGGAUUCAUCCUCUUCGGCUGGGUCAAGAAAGCGUGAAAAGAAGUUGAUCACUGGCACGCCACCUGCGCCCGUAAUAGACGGGAAGAUGAUCAAGCGGGAAGUCGAUGACGACGAUGAACUUGUGGAAUCGGUGGUAGUGUCCCCUACCACGCUGUCCGAUAUAAAACCUGUCAAAUAUCGUUUUCAGGCCCCGAUUUCUCCAGCGGAAUUUAUGUCGUCGACGUUAGACCUCGACAGCCGUUAUUAUACGCACUUCAUUGACCGGGUGGCAACUCUGUUGCUCAUCUACGAUAACUCUAUCAACAUCAACCCUUAUCGUCGGCAUUUCCCCGAACUUGCCCGAUCAUCCCCUUCGAUGGCUAGCGCCAUGCAAGCCUUGGGUGCAUUGCACCUCGCAAAUACAUCGAGAGGCCAACAGCGGAUUACCCACUUUCAACAAGCCAUGGCAAAGUAUGGCGACGUGGUAAAAUCCUUUAGGACCAGAUACAACCGACCUAGUCAAAAUAUGCAGUUAACCGAUUUUGCUACUUGUCUACUGCUGGGCCUCUUUGAGAUGAUGGAUUCUCAACAUCAUAACUGGUCUGUUCAUCUCAAAGGGGCGCGCGAAAUAUAUCGCCUCCUGUUCGUUCCGAAUGAUGACCCCGCCAAGGAAGCUCAACGCAUCGCUGAAACAAACCAUCCGCUGCGACCGUUUCUCGUUUCCCUCCUUUCCUACCUAGAUGUCGCAGGCUCUUGUGCCUCCACCGAAGGGACAAUAGUUGAAGGCAGCUAUUGGAGAACCCAUGGCGGUGGUUGGGAAUACAAUUUGGGUACGCCAAGUCUCUCGUCCGAGACUCUUGCCGAGAACCAGCUGCUGGCUGAACUACGACAGUGCUGGUCCGUUAUGAUGGAGAUCCAGGUCGCUAUUAGUACUUUCGGAAACGCAAAGAAACAAGGUUGGAUGUCGUAUGAACAGCAAGAUAUGACAUCUCGCGACUUGAUGAACCGGCUAGCGGAGUGGCGACUCGGCGCCCCCCAAUGCAUUCAGCUGCUAGGCGACUUGGGUGAUGACAGCCUACGACAAUAUCCUUAUCCGGAGGUCGUAGAGUAUAGCGGAUGCGUUCAGGCGUAUGAGAAGGCAACGACUAUCUUCCUGCAUAAAGUGUCGGCGGCUGAGCGUCCUGACCGGCAGCCCCAGAGAGCUGUGAUGGACAUGCUGGCAUCUCGCGUUCUGGAUUUGAUCAGAAAGCUCGCCAAAGACGUUGGUCAGCUGGCGGUUCUGUGGCCCCUUUUCACGGCUGGGCGUGAAUCCCGAGAUGAACAGGAGCAGAAAUGGGUACGGCAAACGAUGCUCGAUCUCCAACGAUUUGGAUUCAAGAACGUUGACAAAGCCCUUGAGGAAUUGGAAAAAGCCUGGUUCAAGCAACGGGCUUUUCCUGAAGGAUGGGUUGAUACGAUGGACGAGGUCCGGACCUCGAUUCUUCUUCCCUGA